AUGUUGGAAUUAGAAAAUACAUUAAUGCCAUUAAUGGUCGAAGAUGAUAUUCCUUUCACAAAAAAAAUACUACUAUCUAUAUGGAUAUUGGCAACACCUGAUAGUUUUCGAUCUGUCGCUGACAGAUUCGGAUUACCGAAAACUGCUGCUUACAAUGCGUUUUCAGAAGUAGUAAAAAUUUUGAAAAACCUUAUGAGAGAAUAUAUAAAGUGGCCGAAUGCUGAUGAUUAUGUAGAAAAUAGUACUGUUUUCUAUAGACGAUCUAGAGGAUUUCCAGGUGUAAUCGGAGCAAUCGAUGGGUGUCACAUCCAAAUUAAACAACCCCCGGGAAAUGCAAAUGAUUACUACAAUAGAAAAGGAUUUCACUCUAUUAUUUUGCAAGGUACAUGCGAUCAUUCUGGCAAGUUCAUCGAUGUUUUAAUUGGUCGACCAGGUCGAGCCCACGACGCAGCUGUUUUUCGGAGCAGUCCCUUAUACACCAAAUUAACUGAUGAACAGAAUCAUUUGUUACCACCAGAUAAACACAUCAUUGCAGAUUCUGCAUAUCCAUUACUCCAAAACGUGAUGACGCCAUUCAAGGACAACGGCCAUCUUAGCGAAAUGCAAUCAAGAUACAAUGCAAAAUUGUCAUCAAUACGCUCAAUCAUCGAACGAGCAUUUGGUUUACUAAAAGGCAAAUUUCGUAGAUUACGAUAUUUAGAUGUGAGAUCCGUUAUGAUGGGUAAUUUAAUAAUUGCGGCAGCUUGUACUUUGCAUAAUUUUAUUUUAUUACACGAAGGUAUCAAUAUUAGAGAUAACAUAAAUAUUCGAGAUGAUGUUGGUGUCAAUAAUGAUGUUAUUGAUGAUGGAGAUGUAAAUGUUGAGGAAAAUGAAAAUGCACGUCAAAAACGAAUAGAAAUUAUGAAUUUGUUAUAA